AUGGGCAAUAAGCAUUCAAAGUACCCUAAAUUAAUAUAUAAAAUUAAUAAAUCUGUUGACGAUAAAAUACAAAAUAAAGAGUGCCCUCAACUACAUAAUCAAGAUGAUCGAUUCAUCGACAGGAUGCAAAUGUUGCAUCACGUUAUGAGAUGUGUUUGGGAUGGAAAUUUUAAAGCUCCACUGGGAGAACAAUUGAGAGAAGGUGGUGUUGCAGUGUUAGAUGUCUGUUGUGGUACAGCCACAUGGAUCUCUGAGAUGGCCGCAGACUUUCCAAAAUCAACUUUUGUAGGGAUAGAAAAGGACUCUAUAUUCCCUGAACAAAAACCAAAAAAUGUUAGAAUAAUUCAAGGAGAUGUUUUAGAAAACUUUCCUUUUCCAGAUAAUACGUUCGAUCUCGUUUAUUCCCGGCUAAAUUCCCUUGCGUUCAGCGAAGCACAGUGGAGAAAUCAUUUGAUUAAAGAAUAUGUAAGGGUGCUCAAGCCUGGCGGUUACAUAGAGUGUGUCGAAGGUGGUUUAAUAUCAGAAAAUUCCGGUACUAUCGUAGAGCAACUGUCUACUGCUAUUGAAAAGACAUUGAUUCUAGGUGGUCGAAAUCCUUUCCUUGAAUCGAAAUUCCCUGAAAUAAUAGAAUCCCAGCCACUAAUGGGCGAGGUCACCCAGACUGAAGCCACCAUGGCUAUAGGGUCGUGGGGAGGCCAAAUAGGUGAGACUGGUCUUGUCAUAAUGCUAAAUAUGAUGUCAGGAUUAAAAAAAGGAAUAAUGCAUCACAUGAAAAUUAAUGAAAAAGGCUUAGAGCGAGUUUUGGAAGACUAUAAAAUUGAAUGGUCCGGGUGUGGUACGGGAUGUUUCGGGAAUGCUUGGAAAGGCUCGUGUCCUGAAGUACAGAAUUCCACAUGGCAAAACGAUAUGUGA